AUGACGCAGGUGGGAGAUGGGAAAUGGUGCAAAAGGAAAGAUAGAGAAGAGAAGAGAGAGGAAAUAACUGCCUCGGUAAAGGGGACGGCUGGUGGAGGUUUUGUGGUUGUGACAGAACACUCAGAUGCAGCGACGCGAUAUCAGUCCAUCGCUGAUGUCAUGGGGCCGGUGUUACGAGGUUGCGAUGUCGCGUCCGCGACAUCGACACCAAAACGUGGGCUCGCUGGUGAACGUAAUUGUUCCACACGAAUUGGUCACACGACCUCUGUUCUUUUGAUCGUGCGACGUUCAUCUCCCUAG